UUUUUUUUUUUUUUGGCUUGGUUCCAACCAUUUAAAAAAGGCAAUUUUCGCGCUUUUCUUUUCGUUUUUUUGUUAUCUUGAAAUUUUUUUAAUCCUCUUCUUCCUCUUCUUUCUUUAUUUUUCAUUAUUAUCCCAAUCUUUAAAUGACCGAAAACUGUCCAACGGUCAAAUCUGGUUCAGCCUGGCAUCGCGCUCGACGAUCGCGUGUUGGGAUUGCCUGCGUCGUGGCAUUGACGCUCUUUACUGAUAUGCUGGUUUAUGGCGUGGUCAUCCCUUGUCUUCCAGCUCUUGUCAUUGAUCGCCUCAAAGGCGAUUCCAGUAUGGUCGGCUUUCUGUUUGGUUGUUACGCCUUUGGCCUUUUGGCAGCCACCCCUUUGUUUGCGGUAUUAUCCGACAAAUACCAGAAUCGCCGCUAUCCAAUGAUGGCUGGCAUGCUGGGAUUGGCGGUCUCUACUCUCGGAUUCGCUGUUGCCGAUACCUACAUACUCCUGGUCAUGGCACGAGUGGCUCAGGGGGUAGCGGGAGGUGCAUCAUGGACCAUCGGUUUGGGAAUGCUUGCUGAUGUGUUUCCCACCAAGAGACUAGGCGUCGUAAUGGGUACUGUUCUUACCGCUCACACUGUCGGUUUUGCCAUUGGUCCCGCUGCGGGUGGAUUUCUGUACGAGUUUGGAGGAUUCAGUGCACCAUUCAUAUUCUGUGCUGGGUUUGCGCUGAUCAACUUUAUUGCCAUUGUCUGGGUGGCCGAACCCGCCCAUGCCAACCGCACCGAGAAAGCCAACAUGAAGGCUUCUGCUGUUCGAGAAGAUGUGGAAAUCCCAUCCCCCACCGAAGAAACGCCCUUGAUUACCGCCCAACCACCUGUCUCUCAUCCACCAAUUACCAUGCUCAGUUUGCUUAAGAACUGGCGCAUUUUGUCUUGCGUCUUGUGUGUGAUUGUCAGCGCUUCUGUCUUUUCAGGCAUUGAACCGGCCCUGCCCAUCUAUUUGCAGAAGCGAUAUGACGCCUCCACUUCCGUGGUGGGACUCCUCUUUGUUGCCAUGGUGGUACCAGCUUUUCUGGCGCCCUUAAUCGGGCAUAUAUCCGAUAAAAUUGGUCGCCAAAUCAUUUCGGCUACUGGUAUGAUUAUGAUGGCCAUCGCUUCACCUUUGGUGGCUAUCCACUAUCCUUCGAUCUACCUCAUCAUCCCUGUUCUCAUGAUCUUUGGUUUAUCGAGUCCGGUUACACUCACUCCAGUGUUACCUGAAAUGGGUGAAACUGUGCACGAAAUGGGUGGAGCUGCAUAUGCACAAGUUUACGCCUUGUAUAAUAUGGCCUACUCCAUCGGCAUGUUCAUUGGUCCCGUGAUCGCCGGUUUGUUGAUGUCUAAAGCAGGCUUCGAAACCCUCAUGUUGGUUUUCGCCUUUGCUUUAUUGGCCUUCAGCCCCAUCAUGAUGGACUGGAAAAAAUUAUUCCGAACCAUCCUUGCUCGUUUCCGUUCAUAAUUCAACCUUACAUCCUUCAUUUUCUAUUUUCAAUCUGUCUAUUUCAUUCUCUAUUUUCUUCCAUUUUUUUAUCACUUUACUGAUCUUGUCUACAAUACCAUCAUUACACAAUCUGUCGAUUACAAGUA